CACCAGCCCAGCUUGAGAAUGUGUGUGAGAUGACUGCUAAAAGCGGAGGGGACGGAUGGCGGAUCUCACACACUCCAACUACAGCUGCAGACAGCCCGCGAUGUUCUCCUUACCCGGCUUUGGCUGCAGGGAGGGCUCCGCGCCGCCCGGUACCGGCAGAGCCGACAAGCACAGGAAGAAAUCGUUCUAUUUAGUCAGGAUGAAGCCGCUCAAGGAGCCCAUCAACAACAACGUGUCCUUUGUCAUCCACUGUCACAUAGGCAAGGAGAUCAAGCACAUUUGCAGCAACUGCAGUCGAGGGGAAGAAGCCCGUGAGGCUGAAGAAGUAGAAAGACUGGCUGCAAUGCGCUCAGAGUCUUUAGUACCUGGUACCCACACUCCACCAAUCAGAAGAAGAAGUAAGUUUGCUACAUUAGGACGACUUUUCAAACCAUGGAAGUGGAGGAAGAAGAAAAGUGAAAAGUUUAAGCAAACCUCUGCAGCGCUGGAAAGGAAGAUAUCAAUGAGGCAAAGCAGAGAGGAACUUAUAAAAAGAGGUGUCUUGAAGGAAAUAUACGACAAAGAUGGUGAUCUGCAGAGUGAAGAAGGGAUGAUGGAAAAUGGUCAGCCGGUUGGUACUGGUUCAUCAUCCCUCUCAAUCAUAACGGAGAUGGAGCAGACUUCGGUAUCAGGAGAGACAUGUGCAUAUGAAGUGCUUCCAACCUCUGAACUCAUGGAUGGGACAGUGUCUGAAGAUAUCUCAUCUGAGCCAGGAUCCUUGUCCCAGGAUCCAUCAUACAAGCCCACCCUGCUACUACCCCCUAAAAAAGCUGCAGGAUUUCCUGUAGACCAUGAAGACCCCCCUGUGAAAUCCCACACACUUCAUAAGCAGCCCCCUGCUCUGCCUCCUAAACCUAUAUCCAGAAUUGCCAAUCACAUAGCAGAUUCCGGUGCACCUGUAAAAUUGCCUUGUAUGCCGGGGAAAAUGUCUCCUCCGCUACCUCCAAAGAAAGUAAUGAUAUGCGUGCCAUUAGGAGGGACAGACUUCCCCCACUCCUCCUACUCCAACCAGAAAAGCUCCCAACAUCAUCAUACAGUCCUUCCAUCCCAGUUAGCCGCCCAUCAACACCAGCUUCAAUAUGGCAGCCAGCACAUGUCAACUGGGUCCAGCUCAAUACCCAUACACCCAUCCCUCCCUCCAGGAUGUAGAGUUAUCGAGGAGCUGAACAAGACUCUGGCAAUGACCAUGCAAAGGUUGGAAAGCUCUGGCAUGCAUGGAGGAGACGGCAUCUCAAAAACAGGACUCGGCAGCUAUUCCGAUAUGAGACAAGUGCCAACUGUUGUUAUUGAAUGUGAAGAUGAUAAAGAAAAUGUGCCUCAUGAGACAAACUAUGAAGAGUCUUCAUACCACUACUCCAGGGAUGACGAAGAUGACGAGGAUGAUGAUGAUGAUGAAGAUGAUGAAGACGACGACAGCUCACUAUACACAAGCUCUCUGGCAAUGAAGGUCCUCAGGAAAGAUUCCUUGGCUAUAAAGCUAAGCAACAGACCCUCGAAGAGAGAGCUGGAAGAGAAGAACAUCCUUCCCGUGCAGACUGAUGAGGAAAGGCUUGAAUUAAGGCAGCAGAUUGGGACCAAGCUUACAAGACGAUUGAGCCAAAGGCCAACAGCAGAAGAGCUCGAACAAAGAAAUAUACUUAAGCCUCGUAAUGAACAGGAGGAGCAAGAGGAAAAGCGGGAGAUAAAAAGAAGACUGACGCGCAAGCUAAGUCAAAGACCCACAGUAGAGGAACUACGUGAAAAGAAAAUCCUUAUACGUUUCAGUGAUUAUGUGGAAGUGGCAGAUGCACAGGAUUACGAUAGGAGAGCGGAUAAACCGUGGACUCGACUUACAGCUGCCGACAAAGCGGCAAUCCGAAAAGAGCUGAAUGAAUUUAAAAGUACAGAAAUGGAGGUUCACGAAUUAAGUAGACAUUUAACAAGAUUUCAUCGGCCCUAGCAUUGAAGUUCUGCCUGAAUACUUUACUGUUUUCAAAAAGGGAACCACAAGUGCUGGGAUACUUCCUUUCUCUUUUACCUAAAUGGAAAUCUUCAGACCUGCCUCCUUUUUCUUUCGAGAGAAGAAAAACAGCAUUUGUGUAAUCUUCAUAGAUGGCCUCCAUUGUCACUGGAUCUUCAGAACAUGAAGACUUUUGUAAUGGAAAUCGUCAUCAGCCUUCCUGCGGAUCUGUCUUGUUUGUACAAACUCAGCGGAUUUUGUCCAUCUUGGAGUCUUUGAACAUUAACUGUCUCGCUGUUAGUGAUUCACAAGAAAGCAAAUGCAGGAAUGAGUCUGGACCUGGUUACAUGAAGGAGACCCGUGAAUAUGUCAGAUUUUCUUGAUGCAUUUUAGCCAAAUCUAUGUGGGCUUUAUAAGCAGGGAAGUGAAAGUUGCACUACUUUUUUCCUCUGUGAAGCAUUCCUGGUUUGAUGUUAUCUGAUCUACCUUGCCAGUUACUUGUCAUUGAAAUCUUGAGCAUGUUGAGUUAAAGGUCAUCUGGCACAAACUACUGGUAGAGAGCCAACAACAUGCUGCUUUGUAACUGGUUCUUGAUACCAACACCUUUCUUGAUCCUUUUUUUAUUUUAUUUUAUUUUUUUGAACUCCAAUAAAUAAUCAGGGUCAGUUUAUAUAAACACAGAAAUGCCAGGCCUUUAUUUGAACAAAACUUUAA